GACCUCGGCGCGCUCCCGGCCGCUCGCUGGCGGUGGGGCCGCGGCGGCUCCUCUGCCGGGUCGCGCCGGAGGACGGGCUUCGGGCGGCGGCCGGGGCGGCCUGUGGACGGACGGGUGGGCCGAGGCGCAGGGCCCGCGCCCGCCGUCUCCCCACUCCUGCCGGCGCCGGGCCCGCGCCAUGGCCGCCUCGCCGGGCUCGGGCAGCGCCAACCCGCGGAAGUUCAGUGAGAAGAUCGCGCUGCACACGCAGCGGCAGGCCGAGGAGACGCGGGCCUUCGAGCAGCUCAUGACCGACCUCACCCUGUCGCGGGUGAGGGCCCGGGCCGGCGCGGGCGGGCGGCCACGGCCGCGGGCGGGCCCCGCGCGGCGGGUUCAAUUUCAGAAGCUUCAGCAACUGCGCCUUACACAGUACCAUGGAGGAUCCUUACCCAAUGUGAGCCAGCUGCGGAACAGUGCCUCCGAGUUUCAGCCGGCGUUCCACCCAGCUGACAGUGUGCGCGGAACCCGCCACCACGGGCUGGUGGAGAGGCCGUCCCGGACCCGCUUCCACCCCCUCCACCGACGGUCUGGGGACAAGCCGGGACGACAAUUUGAUGGUAGUACAUUUGGAGCUAAUUACGCCUCGCAGCCCCCGGAUGAGAGUUGGCCAAGGCAGCAGCCUCCUUGGAAGGAAGAGAAGCACCCUGGGUUCAGGCUAACAUCUGCACUUAACAGGACCAAUUCUGACUCUGCUCUUCACACGAGUGCUCUGAGCACCAAGCCCCAGGACCCCUAUGGAGGAGGGGGCCAGUCGGCCUGGCCUGCCUCAUACAUGGGUUUCUGUGAUGGUGAGAACGACGUACAUGGGGAAGUUGUGUCUUUCCCCAGCCCAUUGAAGGAAGAGAAUCUGCUAAACGUUCCCAAGCCACUGCCAAAACAGCUGUGGGAGACCAAGGAGAUCCAGUCCCUGUCAGGGCGCCCUCGAUCCUGUGAUGUCAGAGGUGGCAGCGCUUUUCCACACAGUGGUCAAAACAUGGGCCUCUCACCCUUUCUGGGAACCCUGAACACUGGGGGGUCAUUGCCAGAUCUAACCAACCUCCACUACUCAGCGCCCCUGCCCACCUCCCUGGACACCAGUGACCACCUCUUUGGUAGUAUGAGUGUGGGGAACAGUGUGGGCAACCUUCCCGCUGCCAUGACUCACCUGGGCAUAAGAAGCUCUUCUGGUCUGCAGAGUUCUCGAAGCAACCCCUCCAUCCAGGCCACGCUCAAUAAGACAGCGCUUUCCUCUUCCCUAAACAGCCGCCCACAGGCAUCUGCUCCCAACGCCUCUGCUCUUCACCCUUCGCUCCGUCUCUUCUCCCUUAGCAACCCGUCUCUUUCCACCACAAACCUGAGCGGCCCCUCUCGGCGUAGGCAGCCUCCCGUCAGUCCUCUCACGCUUUCUCCUGGCCCCGAAGCACAUCAAAGUUUCAGCAGACAGCUCUCUUCAACCAGCCCACUGAAGCCGUAUCCUGCCUCGCAGAUGGUGUCCUCAGAUCGAAGCCCGCUCUCCUUCCUGCCCACAGAAGCUCAAGCCCAAGUGUCACCCCCGCCCCCUUACCCCACGCCCCAGGACCUCCCCCAGCCUCUGCUGCAGCAGCCCCAUGCCCAGGAGCCCGCUGCUCAGCAGCCCCAGGCAGCCCCGUCGCUGCCCCAGUCCGACUUCCAGCUCCUCACAGCCCAGGGCUCAUCUUUGACCAACUUCUUCCCAGAUGUGAGCUUUGACCAGCAGUCCAUGAGGCCAGGCCCAGCCUUUACUCAGCAGGUGCCCCUGGUGCAGCAAGGUCCCCGAGAACCACAGGACUCCUUUCAUUUGAGACCAAACCUGUAUUCCAACUGUGGGAAUUUCCCAAACACCAUCCUGACAGAAGACUCGAGCACCAGCCUGUUCAAAGACCUCGGCAGUGCUCUGGCAGGCAUGCCCGAGGUCAGCCUAAAUGUGGACACUCCGUUUCCAUUGGAAGAAGAGCUCCAGAUCGAACCCCUGAGCCUGGACGGACUUAGCAUGUUAAGUGAUUCCAGCCUGGGCCUGCUCGACCCCUCUAUUGAAGAGACGUUUCGAGCUGACCGACUGUGAGCAGAAGGGAACGGAACAGGAGGACUUAUUUCUGAAACAGCUGAAACAGAACGGAAUAGAACGGAGCCAGCUACACCCCUGGGCUUUAGUUAUCUCGGGCUUCUGACACGGAAGGAACCAAUUCCUUGGCUCCCAGCUCUCAGACGAGGUCCCAUCUCAGACGCCGUGGCUCAUUCUAGACCACAGAGCUGGGCGCCGCCCCUCAGGCCUGCGGCACAGGUCCUGUUGCUGCAGGCAGGCUGCUCUGGGGCUUCCGAUGAAUUGGUCGUCACCACAACCGUUACAUCUUUUACUGGUCAUCUAAUCGGUCAAUGUGUAAAAAUAUAACGAGAGGCCUCAGUAGCCUUGUGUAGUGCUCAGAACCACUGAUCUCAAUCAACACUGAAGAAAGGACCCGGAGUGGGGGGCGGUUAGGGGCCACAGGCCUUCAGAAGUUGGCUCAGCAUCCAGCAACGGUACCACAGCCCCACGAUGCCUUCUCUGAUCCGGCCGUCGUGCCUCAGCGGCGGCAGGAUGUUCCAGGGCAGAGCGGAGGGCCAGGGCUCUCUCAGAGGCCUCAAUUCUAACAUGAAGAGGGCUUUUUACCACAAGUCCAAGAACAGACUUGAGUUAAGCAAACUGAAUUCUAAUUUGUUUCCCCCCCCGCCCCAGUUUGUAAUCUCUUUUCUGCUGCUUCAGAACCCCUUUUCCUAUGGACAAGAGGAAAAGGAAGACUAUUUUAUUCAGUCACUGAAAAAAAAAAAAAAAAAUCCCCUGGUAAUAGAUGAGCCUGAAGAGAACGGUGCUUCUUCUUGGAGGCUGGGGAAGAGAGAAAGGGGGCUGCAGGUAUCUCAGAGACACACGAAGUCCUCCAGACAAGUUCUGGACCAUACCGGCCUCCCUCUCUACAGACCAGCUGGAGGGAGUGGCUGGAGGUCUGGAUCGGGCCCACCCAGCAGCUGCGCAGCAGCAAAGGGAAGCUGUUUCUCUGUGGAAUGGAGGUGGUUCAUGUAACCCCACUAGACCGUAAGCUCCUUGAGGGCAGGGACUGUGCCUUAGUCAUCAUCGAACCCCUAGCACCUAACAAGUGCCUGGCGCUGGGCAGGUGCUGCAGAACCGUGCGUUGAAUGCACACGUGAAUGAGUGAAUGAAUGCACGAAUGAAUGAAUCUGCUUUGCUGUGAGGCAGUCUAAUCUUUCACUGUUCCUAUUCCUUACCAAAUCUUCUCAGAGCUUCAGCUUUUCUAACACUUGUGCCUGUGGUUAAGUUAAGCACGCACUUUAAUAUGCUUUUAACACUAGGUGACCAAAUCCACGGUUAGACUGCACGCCCUGUUCUCCUCCAGAGUAUGCAGGUAGGUGGAAACUGUCUUCUGAGUGCAUCCAGAAUGGCUCAGCAAACUGAGGCCUCCCACCUGCCGGGACCUCAGGGGUCCUGGCCACCUCAAAAGAUCUUCCCUCUCAGACCCAGGUUUUGCUAUCGAUUGCGUUAGGAAGAGAUUCAUUCUCUGAGGUUGAAGAAAUAGUCUAUAGUAAAAUGAAGGCCUAAUUUAUGAAACCAUCAUUAGUCAUCAGUUUCUUAGCACAAAACAGUAUUACUAUAUUUCCACCACCACCUGCCCCCUCUGACUUAGUCCAGGCCAGCCCUUGACCAGAAACCUGAUGGGUGGGUUUGGAAGCCGUCUGGGGAGGAGGGUGGGCAACAGGGCCGAAUGCGGGCAUGGGUAGACAGCACAGAGAGGACAGACACACUGAAGGAGGGAUGAAGAUGCCGGAGCCUUUGCCCAGACAGCCGGUGUCCUUCCAGGAGACACCAGGGGUGUUGCUGAAGGGUCCAGACUGCUCCCACCCAAAGAAGCAAGGCUGCAUCUUGUGGGUCUGAAUCUGACACGUGUGCCUGGUGGCCGGAGGGGUCUGUCACAGGGUCCUGGGCUGUUAACCUCUCCAGACCUUGUCCCAUUUCCUUCUGUCUUCAGGGGGAUCCCUUCCCUCCAGUCUUUCCAGUUACCUCGACCGUGCACUGCUCCAUCUUCACUGUGGAGCCCAAGGCUUCCCACCUCACGUUCACCCUGAACCCCUGCUACUGAAUUAGGAAGUCAAACCAGAGUCCUCCCUGCCUGAGCUCUGGCUCAGGGAGAGGCAGUUGGCCUCCCCUUCGAAGCCAUAUUCCCAGUUAAACUUCCCGAUCUCAGAGGGCAGUGAGUUGUUGUUAAAGUAAAAGGGCCUUUCAUCGUACACAGCACCCCAGUGUGCCAAAAGAAGCCAGAUCCUGGCUGCCUUUCCUGUGUCAGAGACCCCCAAAUCUGAUCUGGCCUUUCAGACAGGGAGGUUUUUUUUGAAAAAUGGAGGUUCCAGGAUAAUUUGCUUUUUACACAGUGCCUUACCCAUGGGGAUCACUAGUGUCAGGGUCCCAACUCUCUUUGCACAGCAGCGCAGUCUUACAGCUGGAGACCCCGAGACCUACAGGACGAAGUGUGCUCCCCCUGGGCAUUCGCCAGGGACUCGUGGAAAUGGAGGCUCCUGGGAAAAGUGACUUGUUUGGGGUAGUAUAAUGAUGACAGUGAGGUUUAGCACUGAAUUCAAUUUGUCCUGAGGUCCAUCCGUCCCAUCUUUUCCUGUGAAAAGGUUUUGGGCAUUAUAUAACCCACGUUGCUUACAUGGUGUCAAGGACACCCAUGGACAGGGGUCGCCCUGACCUUCUCACUGCUGCCUUUGCAACAAAGCAGGCGUGGUCCUCGGCAUCUGAAGUGGCUGCAGACUUCAGAGUAAACUAUUUUUCAAUAUUUAGUUUUUCACAAGAAAUCGAUGGUUGUACUACUCUCAUUUACUAGCAGUUAAACAGCAUAGCACUAAAAACCUAUCUGUAUUUUCUAUUUUUCCCUUCUGUACGUUUGUGGUUUUCAGGACAUACAGUGUCAGGAGAAACUUUGAUCAUGUCAAGAUCAACAUGAAUUCUCCAUUGUCCUGUUUCAUUUCUCCUAAGUCUACUGUAUAUUACCCGAGCUGAAAUCUAUAUUCCAGUCCAUUUGCAUAUUUGAAGACAUUUCCAACUCCGCCUCUCAUCGGCUCUUCUGAUUCAUGCACAGACGGUUCCGAGCGUGUGUCUUCCACUGCUUCGUGAUGGAACCAUCACAGCAACUAAUCAGACUUCCCGCCAGUAUCCUAGUUCCCAGGUCCCUUGUUAAACAAUAUUUAAAGAUUGGAAUUUGUAUAAAGUAGCUUCCAAGUUUUAUACUGCAUCAUUUUACAUCUUUCGUAAUUAAAAGCAGCACAAUAAGGUUGUA